AUGGGUUUCAUUGAUGACACCGUCGGCCAGCUCUCGACCAAGUCGGUUGCCGUCUUCGUCGCCGCGUCGUGCACCAUAUACCUUGUGCUCGUCGGUGUCGAGAGGAGACGUCGUCGGAGCAGACUCGGUGCCCGGCCCCCCAAGGCCAAGUACUACCUCCCCUUCGGCAUCGACUUCGUCAUCAACGGUAUCCUCGAAAACCGCCGAAACCGCAACCUCCAAAACUGGGUAAGCCAAUUCGGCCGCAUCGGCGCCUGGACAGCCGAAGCCAACAUCGCCGGCCACGAAAUCAUCCUCACCGCGGAGCCCGACAACAUCAAGGCCGUGCUGUCGACGCAGUUCGCCGACUACGGCAAGGGCGCCGACUUCCACGCCGACUUCCGCGAUUUCCUCGGCGACAGCAUCUUCGCGACGGACGGCGAGCUGUGGCACUCGAGCCGGCAGCUCGUGAGGCCGCAGUUCAUCAAGGACCGGGUGAGCGAUUUGCACUGUUUUGAGGAUCAUACGCAGGCUUUGUUCAAGGCUAUUGCGAAUGGGGGACCGUUGGAUGGUGGGGGGCAGGUUGUGGAUUUGGAGGAGGGGAAUGGGAGGAAGGUGGAUAUUAGUGAUUUGUUUUACCGGUUGGCUUUGGAUGUUUCGACGGAUUUCUUGUUUGGACAUUCAGUUGAUUCUAUGUUCAAACCCAACGAACCCUUCGCCGAAGCCUUCGACGAAGUCCAACGCGUCCAAGGCCUCAUCGCCCGCGCAAAAGGCAUAACCUGGAUCAUCCCCCGCACCACCUUCUGGCCGGGUCUCAAGACCAUCGACUCCUUCGUCAACCAAUAUAUCGACCGCGCCCUCGCCCUCGGCCCCGACGAGCUCGCCUCCAAGACCAAAUCCGAUAAGGGCUACACCUUCCUACACGCCGCCGCCGGGUUCACGCGGGACCGCAAGGUCCUCCGAGACCAGAUCGUCGCUCUACUCCUCGCGGGCCGGGAUACCACAGCCUCGACGCUCUCCUUCGCCGUGCAUGAGCUUGCGCGCCAUCCUGAAGUCGUGGCUAAGCUACGGAGGGAGAUCCUCGCUACCGUGGGGCCCGACACGCCGCCGACCUACAGGGACUUGAAGAACAUGGCCUACCUCAAGGCCGUUGUUAACGAGACGCUCCGCCUUUACCCCGUGGUGCCCUUCAACGUCCGCGUGGCCCUCCGCGACACCACCCUCCCCCGCGGCGGAGGCCCCGACGGCAGCCAGCCCGUCGGCGUGCUCAAGAACACCUCGGUCGCCUACUCGACCCUCGUGAUGCAACGCCGCCCGGACAUCUACCCGCCCGUCUCCGAAACCUUCGCCGACCCGGCCCUCUUCAGCCCCGAGAGGUGGGAGCACUGGCACCCCAAGGGCCACGAGUACGUCCCCUUCAACGCCGGGCCGAGGAUCUGCGUGGGUCAGCAGUUUGCGCUCACGGAGAUGGCGUACGUGAUUUGCCGCAUGUUCCAAAAGUAUGAGCGCGUCGAGAGCUUCGUUGGGCCGGAGAAGAAGAAGGGGUUCGGCGGGGAGGAUGAGGAUUUGAGUUUGAAGACGGAUUUGACGCUGAAGCCUGGGGAGAGGGUUGUGGUUGCUUUCUGGGAGGCGAAGAGGGAGUGA